AUGAGUUCUUCACUAGAGGAAAGACUAAAGAAUAAUUCAAGUGCCUUUGAUGGGUUAUUAUCUUUGAUUCCUGCCAAAUAUUACUAUGAUGAUGAUACACAAAACCAAUGGAAGGCUAAGAAACAAAGUAAAGAAGAAGCAAAGGAAGCUAAAAGAGCAAAAUUAGAUCCUUCACAAUUUGAAUCAAAUGAAAAAAGUGCAUCAGCUUCUGAAGUUUUGAAGAAAAGAGCUGCUAAUGCUAAACCUGUUGUAUUACCAGGUUUAAAACAAAAACCUGUUCAAGAAUCUGAAUCUGAAGAUGAAAAUGAUAGUGAUGAAGAUGAACAAGAUGAAAGUAAUGAUGAUGAUAGUGAUGACCACCAAAUUCCAGAACCAAAAUCUAUAAAACAACAAAAUGGUAAACAAUCCAAUGAAAAGCAACAAGAAACAAAAUCAAAAUCACAAAAAAAUAACAAUAAAGAAGAUGAAUCAAAUGAUGAAGAAGAAGAUAUAAAUAUUGUUUUUGAUGAUGAAGGUAAUGAAAUUGAAUUACAUAAAGAACAAGAAAGAAAAUUACAAAAAGAACAACAACAACAGAAACAACAACAAGCACAAGGGAAAAAACCAUUAACUGAAGAAGAAAAAUUAAAGAAAGAAGAAUCUUUAAAAGCUUUAAAAGAGAAAUUAUCAUCAAAAAUUAAUAUUUUAAAAGAAAAACGUAAAGCUCUUGGAUCAAAAGCUGCAGGUGCACCAUCUUCAAGAGAAGCAAUCUUAGAAGAACGUCGUAAGAAAGCUGAAGCCAAGGCUGAAGCAAGAGCAUUACAAAAAAAGAGAAAAGCUGAAGAAUUAGAUGAUGAAAGUGGUAGUGGAAGUGAUAGUGGAAGUGAUGCUGAAAGUGAUGUUGAAGAUGAUGGUAUGAGUGCUAAUGGUGUCUUAUAUCAAAAUAUUAGAUUUAAUGAUGAUGAACGUACAACAUCUGAUUUAUCAAAACUUAGAAAACAAUCAAAGAAAGGUCCAGCUAAAAAGGAUUUAAAAGCUCAUUUAAAAUUAUUAGAAGCUAAAAAACAAAAAUUAUCACAAUUAGAAGAUUCAAAACAAAAAGAAUUAAAUGAAAAAGAAAAAUGGAAUUCAGUUAUUGCACAAGCUGAAGGUGAAAAAUUAAGAAAUGAUGAAAAAUUAUUGAAAAAAGCUUUGAAAAGAAAAGAAGCUUUAAAAAGAAAAUCAGAAUAUGAAUGGAAAGAAAGAAAACAAACUGUUCAAGAUAGUAUUAGUGCCAAACAAAAAAGAAGAGAAGAAAACUUACAAAUUAGAAAAGAUAAUAAAGGUAUUAAACGUAAAAAUCAAUCAAAACAAAAAAGAAAAUUUAAAGGUGCUAUUGUUCCAAAACGUGCAGGGUUUGAAGGUCGUAGAUCAAGAAAAUAA